AUGGUCAUAAUUGGAGUAGACCGAAAUGAGCGUGUAGGUCACGGUGCCGCCACGAUAAAGUCGGCAAGUGACAUGGAAAUCCAGUGCGCUAAUGGAGAACGCCUUCUCCUCUUUGCUGAAGAGCAGGAAGAACAACUUUUUGUUACUAAUGCAUACUUCCGGCGUCGGAAAAGACAUCUAAUCACAUACAGCUCCCCGUAUAAUCAACAUUUCAACCAAAUUGAUUAUGUAUUAAGCGCCACUGGAAGAGUUUCAUAG